AGCCACCAGCCAGGCUACCCAAAAUCCUUGAUACCAUACAGGGAUGCGUCGGGUUGAAAUCAAAUCAGAUUAAAAUUAUUUGCUUUGUAGCUGGCUAAUUGGUAUUAAUUUUGCUAAACAGCCUGGUACUGUCGCUCAGCUAUGUCAUUCAAAAAUAAACCGAGGAAAAGAGCCUAUCACCGCGCUGUAUCGAUAGACCAUUCACUGUAUGUGUGGGCUGGCCAUCAUAAUAAGUUGCCUGCAGUUCAUGAUAGUGCAGAAAAGAGAAGGAUCACUAGUUAUAUACAGCACUUUACUCUUUCAACUGGUCAAUGGAUCACUAGAGGUACUACUGGUACUCCUCCAUUAGGAAUCAUUGGAUACUGCUGUACUGCAAUAAAUGGUGUAUUGCAUUAUUUUGGGGGAGAGUGUGGCCAUGACGACUGCUAUCAUAACAGUAUUACACAACUGAAUACCAUUAGUCUUCAAUGGAGAGAAUUAGAACCAACUGAUGCAACUAGACCAGUUAUGAGGAGAAGCAGUAGUGGAAUGAUAUCAUUUGAACAUGAUGAAGUAGACCAUUUACUAAUGAUAGGAGGAGGAGGAUCUAAACCAGCUGUACAACUACCUCAUUAUAAAUAUGCCGAGUCACAAAGGCUGAAAGGAUUAUGGUGUACUAAUGAGCACUCAAUAUAUAAUAUAUCAUCAAGAAAAUGGAGUAAUCCUUCAAUCAUUGGUCAGUGUAUACCACCUGCUUAUGAUUUCAUCAUUGAAAAGAUCAACAAUACUAGAGCUGUUCUGUUUGGUGGAGUAGAGACUGAUGAUGAUGAUACUGUUACUAACAAUAUUUAUAUAUUAGAGAUAUCAAUCAGCACUGUGUCCUGGCAGUGUUCAGUAUAAAGAAACCUGAAGCAAUAGACCAAUGGCCUGUGGGUAGAUACGCUCAUGCAGGUGCUAUUAUUAUAACUAGAUUAGACUGUCCUAUGCUAGUGAUAAGUGGUGGGAGGGAUGAGAAUAAUGACACAUUAGAUGAUUGUUGGAUCUUUAACGUCACUCAACAUUCCUGGAUAAAGUUAGAUGUACCUCACUCUGUUAGUGAGAGAUGGGGUCAUUCUCUCUCAUCAUUCAGUAUGAGUAGUCCUCGUUAUGUCUGGAUAAUAACU